AAUUUAUUAAUUUGACUUUGACAAUGAAUUGUCCACUACUUUUUGAAAUCAGCUGACUGUCACCGAAAAGUUAUAUGGUUUUGUUUAAUUAAAUUAUCAAUACCCCGCAAACAGUAUUAGCACCAUUAUAGUUUUUUGCUCAAGUGGAGGAAAAUCGUACUCUGUUACUGUACAACCUCAAAAGUAUAUUUUCUAAUUACCCAAGCAGUAAGCACAUAUCAGUCUUUAAACUAGGUUAUCAUUAAGUUUAGCGAAAUGGCUGAAAAAUAUAAAGAAGAUGAAUUACAAAUCCGGGAAGCAAAGAGAGAGGACAUGACUGCGGUCGCUGAGAUGAUCCAAGAACUUGCUGAUUUUGAAAACAUGUCCGAAGGACCUAAAAUGUCAGUGACUGAUCUGGAACAUGAUGGUUUUGAGAGGCAGCCGCCUGCAUUCCGCUGCAAGAUAGCUGAGGUGAUGCGUCCCGGAGCUGAGGCGAUAGUUGGCUAUGCACUGUACUUCCCUACAUAUUCCACAUGGGAGGGACGUUCCAUGAUGCUUGAAGAUUUAUAUGUCCGCUCCAGUCAGAGACGCUUAGGGGUUGGCAAGAGGUUGUUUGAAGCAGUAGCUAAGGAAGCAUCAUCUUCAGGGUGUAGCCGCCUUGAUUUCCACGUCCUGGAAUGGAACCCGGCACGCUCCUUCUAUGAGCAUAAGGGUGCGGUCAACCUGACCAAUACGGAGCAGUGGUGUUACUACAGGCUCGCUGGGGAGGCUCUGAAGAAAUUUUCCUAAGAGUCUACGAGCUAACAAGGCAGAAAGAAAAAACCAGUGUUGUGCACUCACUUAUAUAUAUUUUGUAAUAUAUUAUACAACAGACUUCUUUUUGUACACAUGUUUUUAGUUUAUAUUUAUUUCAAAGUUGAGAUGUGUUAAGGUAUAGAAACAUUUAUUUCGCCAAUUUUACUUAAUUUCAUUUGUUUUAAUAUAAAGCUUUUCCCAAACAAUAUGGGUAGUUGUGUACAGGCUGUGGGAAACAUUGUCUCUAUAAGGCUUAACUUAGAUUUAACAUAAUUAUACCAAACACUCUGUGAUACAAUGUUCAUUGAACCAUAAAAGAAUAAACAAUUUUAAUAUAAAUUUCGAAUAUUUAAUUUCUAGCUAAUAUGUACAUUGUAAAUGCCAUUUAUUCGAACUUAUUUAAUUAAACUAAGUCACAUUAUUGUGUCAGGUUGCCUCACUAGUGCUCACUUCACUUCAUGCAGUAAUUGGCUAGUAGUCACGUAAUCAGGGCAGGCUUUACAAACAGUUUGAUCAAGUCAUCAAACACGACAGUCGACACAUUAAUAUUUCAUGAUGUUCAAGAUUUGUACCAAGAAAUAUUACCGUAUCACCAAUAAAUUCUAUGUUUUCGGCUUACCCCACGUAAUUAUUUGACGAGGAA